AUGACACCCAGAGAUGACGUGAUGAUCCCUGCUUUGCCUCCAGUCAUGCCUGGAACGGGAACGAAUCAAGACGUAGUGGCAGAAGAAGGGUCAACAACAACCACGACUUUCGUCUCAACGGAGCCUUUGGUGGCAGAAACUGACAAGGUUCAGCAGCCAGAGGAUGAGAGUGAUGAUGAGGAUGAGUACGACAAGAGUUCUGAGGACCUUUGGCCUUUGUUGAAACUGCAGCGUCAGCUUGAGGCACUGUCAAAGCUAAAGCCAAGUCUCCAAGAACGACAUUUAGCAGUGUUGCUGACUACGGGUGCCAUGAAUCCACUACAUCGUGGGCAUGCACAGCUUCUGCACCAGGCGGUCGAUCGACUUCAGAGAGAAGGCUUCGAUGUGGUGGGUGCUUGGUUGUCACCAUCCCACGAUGGAUAUGUGCAGCCCAAGGCACGGAAGAUGAAUACAAUUGGCUUUUCUGCUCAGUUUCGUUUGGAAGCUGCGCGUCGUGCUGUUUCAGAAGAUUCGCUUUUGGCCGUCGGCAGCUGGGAGGCCAAAAAACCUGGACGGUGGCCGGACUAUCCCGAGGUAGCGAUGGCACUUCAACGGAAGCUGCGCAAAGUCGAAAAGGCAUGGAAACUCACAAACGGCCUUAAGGUUUUCUAUGCUUGUGGCACAGAUCAUGCACAGACCCAGGGCUUAUAUCGUGGAUUUCUGACCGACAGGGGAUUUGGCGUGGUGAUUGUUCCGCGGGAGGGAGAGCAAGCGAACAGUGAAGAACGCGAAAAGAGCGUGUUUGUGGCAAGCAGCAUUGACGGGGAGGGGGCUGGCUACAACUCCACGAUGAUCCGCUCAGCGCUGCAAGUCAAAAGGACCAGUGUGGUCACCAGGACGUUGCCGCUUGAGGCUGCUGACUUUCUGCUUCGGCCCAGCAACCAGGACUAUACCGAUUUCCGGGAGGAUUUUGAAAAGUUUGGCUUGGUGCGAAUCCCAGACCUGCAGCCUGCACCCAGCGCUGACGGCCUGCAAUUUUUCACACCAGGACAGGCACCACAGGCAUCCCAGCCAGGUCAUUUGGGCCCCCAACCAGGGUCUAUGGGCCAGAUGGGCGGCCAAAUUGGUGGCCAGAUAGGCGGCCAGAUGGGCCAGAUGGGCCAGAUGGGCGGCCAGCAAGGCUCAAUGGGUGGUCCCAUUGCCGGUCCCAUUGGCGGUCCAAUAGGUGGCCCUUCCCAAGCUGGAAGCUUUCCGCCGCCAAACUACAGCUACGAUGACGAUGUCGACAAUGAGCCUCCAUUGCUGGAGGAGCUCGGCAUCAACGUGGAGCACAUUUUGCUCAGAAUGCAGGGUGUGGCCCUGUUCAAGAAAUUGGAUGAGGAGAUUCUGAGAGAUGCAGAUCUCAGUGGACCUUUGAUGAUUUGCUUGACGCUGGGCUUAGCCUUGCUGCUGGCUGGAAAGCUGCAAUUCGGGUAUGUUUAUGGCCUAGCCGCUGGCGGCUCCUUUGGCAUUUGCUGCCUGAUCAAUGUGAUGAGCCAGAAGGAAGGCAUUGACCUUUACAGAACGAUGAGCAUUUUGGGCUAUGGGCUUAUUCCCAUUGUCUUCUUGGCAAUCUUUGGCAUCAUCGUGUCUUUGAAGUCUAGCUUUGGCAGCGUCAUGGCAGCCAUUUGCAUAGCUUGGGCCACUGCCUCCUCAUCAAGAUUCUUUGCCAUUGCGAUCCACAUGCAGGACCAAAGGUGGCUGGUGGCCUAUCCUGUCGGCCUAGUGUACACCUUCUUCACGCUUAUCACGAUAUUUUGAGGCCUAGCCAGGGUGACUGGCACCUCCAAUGCAGAGGUCGAACAUGGUGGGUAUCUCCUGCGUAGAUCAUUAGGAUCAGCACUGCGAGGUACUCCUUACACAGUCCACUAUGUGAAAGGC